AUUCGUGAAAAAAUGUUUUUUUUUUUUUUCGUCAAUAAUGGCUCGUGUUGUCCUUUCAUUUUAUAUCCGACAACCAUCUUUCGAAUACUUCCGAGUAAUAAAACUCUUCUCACAAUCAGUCAUAAAACUCGUAUCUGAAGUUUAUAUACGUAUAACGACGAUGGCCGAAUGGCGAAAACAGUUGUAUACGAUUUAUCGCGUUACGAGUUAUCUGCCGAAUGAAAAAGUAAUCCGAGAAUGUACUUUCAUGCAUCGCACAGCAGGUGCGUGAAAAUAAGGUAGGUAUAAUAAUUGACCCAAAUGAAUUUUAUAUGUUCGUUACUUCGUCAUUGUGUUUGAAUGAAAAUAAUUGAUCCCAGCGAUCGUCGUUAUUCAGUGCCCUAUUCUCAUCGUUUUUGAUGAAUAAUUUCCAAAAACGUUGAAAUGUCUCAAAUAUAUGCGGCAAAUAUAAUAACGUCGCGCGAUAUUUAGCUUGUAAUAUAAUAUCGACGCGAUCACGGUUCGCGGAACUUGGCUUUGCCCAUAAUAAAAUGUAAGGAAAAAUUGAGAGUAUUAUUGAAGGAACUUUCUCCAUUAUUUUCAGGCGCAAUAAACCCCAUAUCGAAAGUAUAAAGCGAUCUAACAUAAAACAGACUACGCUCUGCCUCUCUCGUUUUUAUAAAAGCGAAUAAAAACAUUUUCAUAUCAGCCUCGGCCGAGUUGCCGAUCGAGUUCCAUAGAAACAACAUUUAUACCGGCUGCGACGAUAUCGACUUUUGACGCAUGCGCAGUUUUUGCGCGAUUCCAUUUCACCACCCCACUACCACGUACAAAAACAUUUAGGAAAUUACUCCUCUGACGCCUCUGACUCUGACUGAAAAAGGAUCUAUCUAAGAAGAGUUCGGGUUCAGAGCAAGAGAAGAGAGAAGGCAGUAUUGCGUUAACAAACACAGUGUUCGCUUGUUACAUGGCGAACCGUCAGAAUAAAUUACACAAUAUUUCAAUGUUGCGGAAAACAUUUGAUUGAAUGCAUGCACCACACACCUCCUGUAUAGUAGCAUUUUUUCACCGUUUAUUUCGCAGAGCUUAUGAAAAAAGUGUGCAGCUUUUGUUAUUGUUUCGUGAUGCUUUCUUAUUUACUUUGAACCCAAGCGCUGGUGGACUCAUGGAAAUAUGCUUAUAAUUAUAGUGUAUGACGGAUGAAAGAAAAAUAAGCUGCAGUAGUGGUGGGACAUGACCACAUCGUCGAGAUACCAGUAGCGUUAUUUAUAGAAUCACGUCAGAAUAGCUGUGUGCCCUCAUUCGUCGUUCAAUUGUGAAGUUAUAAAAAUUGUUUGUUUUUAUCCACAAAAUGGAAGAUAUAUUUCAAUGGUGCCGCGAAGGAAACGCGAUGCAAGUUCGGGUUUGGCUCGAUGACACCGAGCACGACAUGAACCAAGGAGACGACCAUGGAUUCAGUCCUUUGCACUGGUGCUCCAAAGAAGGUCACUCCAAACUCGCAGAGCUAUUGGUCAGUCGUGGUGCUCGUAUUAAUGCAACGAAUCGAGGCGACGACACACCCUUGCAUCUUGCCUCGGCUCAUGGCCACAGAGAAAUUGUUCAAUUGCUGCUUAGGAACAGAGCCGAUGUUAAUGUUACAAACGAGCAUGGAAAUACGGCGUUGCAUUACGCUUGUUUUUGGGGAGAUCAGUCGGUGGCCGAAGAUCUUGUAGCUACCGGCGCGCUUGUCUCCAUUGCCAACAAGGAUGGCGAUACUCCUCUGGACAAAGCGAGAGGUCCUCUUGCAAAGAGAUUACACGAUCUUGCGGUCGAAUUUGGACAAGAUUUGAAGAAGAUUCAAUUCAAAGACCAAAGCUGGCUAGGUUUGAAAACUCGAAGUCGAGAUGCAACACUUUCGAGACACAAGGGUAUCAACAUGGCGGAUUUGUCAUUGCAUACACAUCUGGCGAGUACACCGAGCGGCGAGACUUGGCGGGGUCGUUGGCAAAACAACGACGUUGUCGCGAAAAUAUUGCAUCUACGCGAAUGCACCGCUCGCAUAUCGCGAGAUUUUAAUGAGGAAUUUCCAAAAUUAAGAAUAUUUUCGCAUCCAAAUGUUUUGCCAGUACUCGGUUGCGUUAAUCAACCGCCGCAAUUAGCAACGGUUUCACAAUACAUGGCACGAGGUAGCUUGCAUCGUCUCUUGCACGGUGGAACCGGAGUCGUUGUCGACACGGCUCGAGCUCUCAGACUCGCUCUCGAUGUUGCACGAGCGAUGGCUUUCUUGCACGGUCUUGAACGACAAAAUCGUUGUCGUUUUCAUCUCAACAGCAAACACGUUAUGAUCGACGAAGAUUUGACCGCUCGCGUUAACAUGGCUGACUCAAAGUUCUCCUUCCAAGAAGUCGGACGUAUUUACGAACCAGCCUGGAUGUCACCGGAAGCGUUGAGCAAACGUCCUGCCGAUAUAAACCUCGAAGCGAGCGAUAUGUGGAGUUUCGCGGUCUUACUUUGGGAACUUGCGACACGAGAAGUUCCAUUUGCUGACUUAUCGGCCAUGGAGUGUGGAAUGAAGAUUGCUCUGGAAGAUUUGCGAGUAAGUAUACCGCGCGGUAUAUCUCCGCAUCUCGCCAAACUGAUAAGAAUUUGCAUGAACGAGGAUCCAGGAAAGCGUCCGUCCUUCGAUAUGGUUGUGCCAAUUCUGGACAAAAUGAAACGCUAAUUACUUUCUACACUUACGGAUGUAUCUUUAAAUGUUUAUGAAAUUCACGCCUCUCGUACCCGAAAUUUCUCCACUCACAAAACUAAUUUCACGUUAGUCAUGUAAAUAAGUGUAAAUUAUUCAAUUUGCAUUUUUGUUUCAUUGGUGUUUCCCGCGGACGAAUUAUGUCGGCGAACCAUUUGAAAAAGCUUUUUGAGAGUUUUAAUAUUUUUUUCAUGCGCAUUGAAAUAAUUUCACGAGGGUAGAUCUUUUUUUAAUCAACUUUAUGAUAAUCUUCACGGUGCCUUGUCUAUCCUUGAAAUGGUAUAAAGUUCAUAUUUUCAUACACUGCGAUCCAUAACGAUGAUCCACGAAUGUUUUUCUUAUCGCGGUUGCUCCCCGAGUCUCGGACGACUUCAACCACUCCCCGAUGCUUGAAUCGAGAAUUUUUUCAACGACCAUUUUUGUAAUUGUAACGGUGUAUCGAUUUUCUUAGCCUUAAUACAACGUUAAUACAACGAGAGCACAAAAAAUUCAUUGAAUGGACGUUUACGUCAUAUAACAAUGCAAAUUUACGUGUCUCCGCCUCUAUAUUAAAACUGUUAAUAUUCAGAGAAAGUUUUAUCACAAAAUUUAAGCCAUUUUGUGAUAUAAGAGUAUUUGAAAAUCUAAUUUUUCAAUUACAGCUAUCUUCGAAAGAGUGUUAUGAAAGAUUUUGCAAAUGAAUUUCGGCCUUUUAAAAAGUUGACGUAUAAAAAAAACGAAACGUAUCUUUAAUCCUCGAAAGUUUGAAAAUCCAUUGCAUUCGUUGAACGUGAUUGAAAAAUUGGAUGCCUUCGUAUCUCCACACGAUUAAUCCAAUGUUUAUAAUAUAUAUUUUAUAUUCUAUACGCAUAGUAAAUGUAUUUUUUCAAAAAUGCUGACAAAAGAUCUGCCAUUUUGUAUGAAUGACUGAAAUCUUAACGCAUAUAUCGCGUUCUUAACGAGAAAUAAAUUCUUUUAAUAUAUAUA